AUGUUCCCUGCUCAUGAAACUCGAGAUAGAAAAGAGUCUGUAGAGCUUGAGAAUCUUGAUGGGACACACUCAAGGCUAGACGAACGGCCAAUUGGGUCUUCGUCGGCAUUCCAGUCCCGAAACCCUAAUCUAGGCAAUAAAUCAUUUGAAGAGAAUACCCAGGAAAAUUCCCACGAGUUAUCUCAGGAGGACUCCAGUGAAAGCAUCUACUAUCCAGAUGGGGGAUUCAAGGCAUACUCCGCGGUGUUUGCUUCACUAGUGGGGCUUAUCUGUUCCUUUGGACUGAUGAAUUCGACGGGUGCGAUCGAGUCGUAUCUUGAGAAAAAUACACUCAAAACAACCCCAACUACCACUAUAUCGUGGAUCUUUGCCAUCUACACCUUCCUGACUUUUGGCUGCAAUCUUUUCUCCGGUGCUCUAUUUGACACCUUUGGAGCGAAAAAAGUGGCCAUUCCGGGUGCCUUACUAGUCUGUGCUGGUCUCUUGGCGACAGCCAACUGCACACAAGUUUGGCAAUUUAUCCUGUCGUUUGGCAUUUGCUGUGGGGUGGGCUGCGCAUUGCUUAUGGCACCGAUGGUCAGUUGUAUAGCUCAUUUCUUCCGCAAAAAACGAGGGUUAGCCCUAGGCAUCGCUAUGCCCGGAGCCAGCAUUGGAGGAGUAGUAUGGCCUCUGGUCUGUAAUUCUCUCUAUCCCAAGAUUGGCUUCACAUGGACUAUGAGAGUGCUUUCUUUCAUUUUUAUUGGACUGCUGACCGUGAGUUGUUUGUUGAUCGAUGACCGUCUCGACGAAAUUGAUAGGGACUCGAAAAACCAUGGCAGUUCGCAGGUUUGGGAUAGAGUGAAACAUAGCAUUGAUUUCAAGACUCUGAAGGACCCUGUCUAUUUACUUCUUGUUGGGGGCCUUUUCAUGAACGAAUUCUCACUAAUUUUGUGCUUCACGUACAUUCCAUCCUACGCCCUAAACAACGGUUAUUCCGAGUCGUUGUCGCUGAUUGCGCUGACGGUGGUCAAUGCCGCUGGCGUUUUUGGAAGAUACCUCCCUUCGCAUCUCUCUGAUAGUUACGGGAAGUUCAACUUAAUGGUGGCAGUAUCAGCCAUCCAAGCGCUCUCAAUUCUGGUUUUCUGGCUGCCAUUUGGCCAUAUCAAGCCCUUAUUUUUUAUUUUCUGUAUCAUAUAUGGGUUUGCUACGGCAGGAACACUUGCGCUGACUCCACUGUGCACGUCUCAGAUCUCAAAUCCUAGAGAUUUCGGAAAAAGAUACGGCACAGCAUAUUUCUUUGUCAGCUUCGGCAAUUUGAUCUGCAUUCCUAUCGGUAUCGCAAUCACAAAUACCGCUGCUGGGUAUGACGGUAUGGUUGGUUUUGCAGGAGCAGGAUCAUGUUCCGCUACUUUGCUUUUUGUGCUUGCGCGUUACAAAUUGGCAAAGUUUAGUAUGAAAGCUGUGUAA